UAUAAGUACACUGAUGUUUUCAAAUUCAUCUCUUCUCAUGGAUACAUAGGGGGCGCACCGCAGUUAUACGGAUUGAUGCCACCUAGCGGACAAGUCGAGCUUGACUUGGCAGCAGAAGUGGCAAACUGGUUGCCCUCAGGUCUCCGGUGUGUGCUACCUGAAGAUAUUGAAGGGGAAAUGCACAACCUUGCUCUUGCAGGCCACAGUAGGGGUGGAUACAUUGCAUUUGCUCUUGCACUUGGACUUGCCGAUGUUUCCUUAGACAUCAACAUUUCAGCGCUGAUAGGAGUAGACCCCGUUGUGGGGACUUCCAAAAAUAAUCAGAUGGAGCCCAAAAUACUCAAUUACGAAUCUUGCUCUUUUAACUUUUCGAUUCCUGUCACCAUAAUUGGUACUGGAUUAGGCAAUGAGCCAGCCUUCCCCAUCUUACCGCAGACGUGUGCUCCAGAUGGGGUGAGCCACACGGAGAUUUUCAAUGAGUGCAAACCUCCAUGUAGCCAUUUUGUUACUACAUAUUAUGGCCACCUGGACGUCUUAGAUGACGACAGAGGUCUCAUUGGGAUAGUAGAACUUUAG